AUGAUUUUAGAAAUUGCUGUUUUAUUAACAAGAUUCAACUUUAUUUCACAGAAAGACGACGGAUCCGAGAUUGCCGCCCUGAUUAAAAGAAGUUUCGCAAUCAAGCAGAAUAAAUGUGACGUCAUAUAUGAUUCCAAAUGCUUUCAAAUAGUUGCGUAUGAAACAGGAAACGUCACCUUCACCGAUGUUGAACCAACUUGCAAAUCAAAGAACAUCGGAAAACUCGCCAAUAUUCACGAUCUCGCACAUUACAAGCUGCUGGUCUCAUAUAUUCGCUCACUGAUUCCUGCUGGUCGGUCAGAUAUUUACAUCUGGACAGGGAUGGAGUAUAAGAACAAUAAGCUUUUACUGAACGACGGAAGACCAUACACUAUUGCAACAAAUGUGUGGUAUCCUGGCCAUCCGUCUUCCGCUGCCCCGCGAACAAGUGUUGCUAUUUAUCUCCGUAAGGAUCCAGGGUAUGCAUAUCAGGGAAUGUUCAGUGAACACCCAUCCUGGACGAAACACGGUGUCAUCUGUGAAAUGUAAAAGCAGCUUAAAACCUGACAGAACUUUGUUGACGGAUUCGAUGAUGUACUAGACAAAAACAGUUAGUUAAAUGACUGUUGUUAUGUACAUAGAUUUUAAAAGAAAUUUUGUCUUAGUUCCAGUUAUCAUAGGUUCCAUGUCUGAUUACACAUAAUUCAUAAGACCCAAAGACAAUCAAAUCUUAAAUUAUUCUUCAAUUUUACUAAAUCGCAUAUUUUUAUAAAGUCUGUUUUGCAGGCAUUAAAACCUGAUUUUAUUUAUGAGAGAAGACUAAAUUACGUGUUUAUUAAAGUUAUAUUACUGAUAUUUUUAUUUGUGCAUUUCUCAUUCCACACUGAAGUCGGCCUGUGAUUAUGAUUAGACAAAGGCCACACAAGUAUGCUCGUCUUAAUAAAUAAAACUUGCUUUUUUCAUUAUUAGUUAGUUUCAGUGGAAGAAUUAGAAAAUCUAAGAACGGGUUCUCUUUUGCAUCGAACUCGCUAACAAAGGGUUCUCUAAUUUUAGAGAAACAUGCGGAACUAAAUAAUAUAAAAACCUGGAACAGUUUGAACCCUGCCACUGCUUACUUAUAUAUUAUCACUUUACUAUUAUUCUAUUAUUAACCGUAUAUCCCAUGCUAUAAAUUGGUCGCCUUGUCUAUUGAAACUUUUUGCUCAGUAAAUAAAUUCAUAGCUGUCUCCAUGUGAUUUCUGUAUAUAACCAAACAUGAUAAUAAAUAUUGAUUCGAUCAUUUGUGGUUUUCUUCGUUAUUGUUCUGAACCAGUGAAUCGAACCUUGCAAAAUCUAGGGUGAGAGUUCACCUUUACGGCGUUAACACUAUUGAGGAUCUAUUGUUAAAGAUUCAAGAAAAACGGAAAAGGGCUUUGUAUACAUAGGGAGGAAUAAAAUGUUCAAAAUAGAAAAUAGAGGAAUUAGUCUCGAGCUCGGUAAAUCAUAUCCUUGUCGAACCGGUUAACUAAUCUUAUUGUCAACAUGAACCGGUAACCGGACAAAAGACGUAAUUCGCCAUAGGAUUAUUAUCGGCUUUCCUUUCUCUGGGAUGAAUAUGAAAAUUUUAUCUUAUAGUUGUGAGUGUUACUAUGGUUUGCAAAACAAGAGAGCGAUGCUCAAAUAUAUGGACACGAAAUCUAAAACAAAGUACUCUUUGCACCGUACUUACCGGUCAGUAUUGAUUAAUCUCCGAGUUUCGCGUAGCGUCGCGUAUAUUCGGAAAACGCUGACAUGCAAUUCAUGUUUUCAUAAAAAAUGAAAAUAUUCUGGAUGAAAAUUAGAUAUCAUAGGAAAUUUAGGAAUACUGUAAAUGUAAUGUGAAUGUAAUAAAAUAAUAGCGUUCUAGCAAAAAAUACCAUCCUUAACCACUGAAAAUUUCAAAACAAUCGGUCCAUGAGUGAAUUAGAGAAUCGAUUUUUCAAAAUGGAACCAGAAGAAAUACAAUAAAAACAACAUUUUACAAAAACAAUCUAUUGGUCCAUUAUGUAUCCAAUAAAACCUCUCUCGCAUUAUCUUGCGCGGUUGAAAAAUUUUCUUAUCCGGAUUCACGAAACUUGACUCCUUUAAUCUGGUUUAGUCAAACCAGCAUUGUUCCUAGGCUCUGCGUUGGUAUGGUGUAUCUUCAUCAAUUAUGCGAAUUCCACUUUACAGCAGAAGCUUUAUCUGUUCUUCUCAUUGACUGCACUAUCUUAUAAUGAUUAUAUGUGUUUUUACCAAAAUAAAAUUUUAAAGAUUCCAAACUGGCUAUUUUUGGAUUUUUUCUUUAUGAAAUCGAAGCCAGUCAUCGGCUAUCUAGCUGAACCAAUCGCUGCUGGUCGGUCACGGCUUUUCUCCAUCAUCAAGUUCAUGCUUCUGUACACUAAUCCCAUACCAUUCUCUCUUAUGUACUUCACACAAUCAAUGCCACUGAUUUCAAACCUGAUGCCUAUAUGUUGAACCGAUGCUCACUUGUUCAAAUUGUCGGGAUUUUCUUGGAUAGGAAUUCCAAUAAAACUGCAUUCAUUGCUAGAUUUCUAACCAG